UCCCAUCUCCUCCCCCUCCUCCCGGGUCCCGCCCCCUUCCUCUCGCCCUCCACCCCACCCCCCCUUUUAAGAGCUGCCGGCUGCUGCCUCUCCAGUUUAUCCUCAUCCCUAGGGGGGCCACCACCGGGGAUGGCUGCUCAGCGGCUCGGCAAGCGGGUCCUGAGCAAGCUGCAGUCACCCUCCCGGGCCGGGGGCAGUCCUGGUGGUAGCCCUGGGGGUCUGCAGAAGCGACACGCCCGAGUCACGGUCAAGUACGAUCGGCGGGAGCUACAGAGGCGGCUGGACGUAGAGAAGUGGAUCGACGGGCGCCUGGAGGAGCUGUACCAGGGCCGGGAGGAAGACAUGCCUGAUGAGGUCAACAUUGAUGAGUUAUUGGAACUAGAGAGUGAAGAGGAGAGAAGCAAAAAAAUUCAGGGAAUCUUGAAGGCCUGCAGGAACCCCACAGAGGUAAGUCCUGCCCCUUGUUCUGGGUUCCAUCCAGGGAAGGUGGAGGGGAGGUGGGAAAGGACCUUUUCUCUCCAUUCUACAGGCCUGCCUCCCCUUCUCUUCUAGAUCCCUCUACUGCCA